AUGAUACCUUCGAUUGUAAAUUCGUCUGAUACUUCUUGCAAGGACGAGUUCACGGCAAUGAUACAGGCAUUCCAAUCCAGAGAGGAAUGGGCGUUCGAAAUAUUGGAUGCUUCGUCGAAAAUUCAGUCAGGAGUCAUGAUGGGAAAUAUCAGGGAUCUCGGGAUGUACGACGAAUGCCUUCAAGCCAGCGGCCAUUACGAUAAUAUCAGUGUUCGUGGGAAGUAUUGCACGGUGAGAAUUCGGCAACGUUCCAAUGCAAUUAGAACGGCGAAAACUGACAUAAAUGUGGGCAUUAUCUCAUCAAUUUGCGCCCCGUCUUCAUGCAGUGAGUUCCAAAUUGAAGAGCUUGUAAAGUCCUUCCUCGGAAACACGUCUGAAAACAGUUACGUCGGAAUUGAAAUUGAGGGGGUCAAUUGCGUACAACCAACAUCCGAAGAUUUCACAACCGGAGAGAUUUUGACGAUAAUUUUGCUCACUGCAAUAGCCCAGUUCAUGAUCUUCUGCACUAUCUGUGAUUUCUUGAAACGACGAGGGUAUGCAGGCUCGUCUACUCUGAUCGACACCUUAUCGAAAUUCUCACUGUACAUCAACGGGCGGGCUUUAUUGAGUACCGAAGUAAAGCCCCAGAUGAUGCCCGGCAUCUCGGGUAUACGAUUUUUGGGCAUGUGUUGGAUCGUCCUAGGUCAUCGUUACGUUAGUACAUUACUCAGUCCAACAAUAAACAUCAAGGACAUAUUUGUAUGGAUGGAUUUGUGGUCCUCUGUGCACAUUCAAGUUGCGGUUUUUGUCGUCGACACAUUCUUCGUGAUUAGCGGAUUUUUGUUGGCUUACACAUUUUUGAAGUCCAUGAAAUCGGGAAAGAAAUUCAAUCUGGCUAUGAUGUAUUUUCACCGUUUUGUAAGAUUAACGCCAAGUGUAAUGGUGCUCGCAUUGUUUUGCGCAUUUCUGCUACAUCGUAUUGCGAACGGUCCGAUGUGGAACAUGACGAACUACCUGGUGAUAACGCCUUGCCAACAGAAUUGGUGGCUUAAUUUACUCUACGUCCAGAACUUCGUAGACAAGGAAAAAAUGUGCUUGCUACACACUUGGUACCUGGCGGUUGACAUGCAACUCUUUUGGAUAUCCCCAGUUAUUGUGUAUCCAUUGUAUCGCUGGCCGAAAGUUGGACUGGGAAUACUGGGCAGCUUUCUCGUCAUCUCAAUAGUUACGCCAGCUGUGAUUUUAGGUGUCAAUCGUUAUUCCAACGGAGUUCUGGAGUUCACCGAAAGCGUAAUAACGAUGGACUACUUCUACAACUACUACAUACUCACUUAUAAUCGAGCCUGCGCCUACUUCGUAGGAAUUAUGUUGGGCUACGAUGUGGUGACGAAAAAGCGGAAGCUCACUAAGGUGUUUGCCGUAGUCUGGAAUCAACUCUUCCUCAGAACGUACCGAUCAGUCUUCCUGAAAACAACUAACUGUGAAGGUGAAAUGUUUUCUCAUCUUAACUUACUCCUGGCGGUGCUGUUCGUCACUUCGAUACAAAGUUCGGGCUUUGCAUCUAUGGAUCAUGGUACGGACAAAAGUAGGGUAUGGGUUAAAAGGAUUGUUACCUCUUCACGACGGCCAUGGAUAGAAGGUUUCAAAUCAGUUGUCCAAACCUCUAAGUCUUCCUGUGCGGAUGAAGUCGCGGUGUUGAUAAAAGCCAUCGAAUCCGGCCAAGAAUGGGCUUUGCAAAUGCUGGAUGCCUCGUCGAGUUUUCAGUCGGGACUUAUGAGAGGAAACUUUAGAGAUGUCGGAAUGUACGACGAGUGUGUCGAAGUCAAUGAGCGAUACAACAACUUCAGUAUCCGGGGUAAGCACUGCACGGUUUCGCUCGGUUCGAUGUCUCCCACGUCACCUGCGGUUGAUGGCGUGGAUUAUCUUCGUAUUUUCUCAUCGCUUUGUGUUCCAUCGGCGUGCAAUGAGACUCAUGUUGAGCAGAUAAUUAAUGCCACAAUCAUGAACACACCGGCUAUCAGCGAUCUAGAAUUUGAAGUUAGUAAAGCGUCCUGUGCGCAAGUGGGAUCUGAUGAUUUGAAUGCUGGAGAAAUUUACACGAUAAUUUUUUUCUCGGCUGUUGUCGUGUUUAUGAUUGCUUGUACCAUCUGUGACAUUGCGAGAAGACUUAGGCCGACAAAAGCAUCUAGUUCAUUGGAUUCUUUGGCGAAAUUCUCCCUCUAUACCAAUGCACUCGCUGUGUUGAGCACGAAAGUGAAACCUGAUACGCUGAGAUCGGUCCAAGGUCUCAGAGUUCUAAGUAUGUGCUGGGUUAUACUGGGUCAUGGAUUCCUCACUUUAUUCAUCAGGCUGGUUGUCAAUACGUUCGAAAUCGACGAUUGGUUGAAUUCAUGGACAUCUUUGUACAUUGAGGCGGCGCCGUUUGCUGUCGACACCUUCUUUCUAGUGAGCGGAUUUUUCACAGCUUACUUGCUUCUUAAAGCAAUGAAAUCGGGAAGGCGAAUUAAUUGGCCAAUGCUCUACCUUCGUCGUUACAUCAGACUCACGACAUCCUUAGCGGUCGUUAUGUUGUUCGUUUCGUUACUUGCACAUCGCGUUGCCAACGGCCCUCUAUGGAACACUUUGCUUAAUACAGGCAUACAAACUUGCCAAGAAAAUUGGUGGGUCAAUUUAUUGUACCUUCAAAACUUGGUGAAUGUGGAACGAUCGUGUUUACUGCACACCUGGUAUUUGGCUGCCGACAUGCAACUCUUUUGGAUAUCUCCAAUUAUUGUAUAUCCACUUCAUCGCUGGCCAAAAUAUGGAAUCCGAAUACUUGGUUUCUUCCUUCUUGCCUCAAUUGUCACACCACCCGUUGUUCUAGCUCUCAACGGUUACUCUAAUAGAAUAUGCACCAUGCGCGUGGAUCUGGGAAAAGCGGUCGUGAAUGACUUUUACAAGUUCUACAUGCCGACUUACAACCGAGCCGGUGCCUACUUCGUAGGAAUGCUCUUGGGUUACGACGUAGUGAAUAAGAAGAGGCAGUUAACGAAGGUGAACGUAUCGAUUAACUGGCUUAUAACCUUUGUCCUUCUCCUAUUUUGCGCGUGCGCUACUCAUCUUAACUACAGUGAUAAUUUUGCAUAUAACCGCGUAUUGGAAGCUGUAUUCGCCCUCACGUUACGUCCAUGCUGGUCGAUUGCCAUGGCUUGGGUCAUUUAUGCAUGUACUCACGGAUAUGGAGGUUUCGUAAACAGAUUUUUGUCAUUGCCGCUCUUCUUGCCUCUGAGUCGGUUGUCAUAUUCCACAUAUUUGCUGCAUUUUUUGAUUCAAUCUGGAAGGAAUGCUGUCGCACGGACUCCAGUGGCGUUUUCAAAUUCUUUAAUUUUUUAUGAGUAUUUUGCUGAUUUGGCGCUUUCACUCAUCGUGGGUUUUAUCUUCACCUUAUUCUUCGAAUCUCCGAUGGUUGUGCUAGAAAAAAUGUUCGUUAAAACCAAAUCAGAGUCUAACCGAGUUACCCUGGUACAAGGUACGAACAAGGAACUGCAGGUCAAGGAAGCAGGAAUUGUAAAAGAAUCAACAAAGGAGGACUGAUGUGCCGUUGUCUGUCUAGUGUUAUAUUUUUGGAAACAUUAUUUUGACAAUUGUUAGUAUUAAACAAUAGUUCUACACACCCUAGUUGUAGUUCUAUCCAAUUUCAAUUUUUCCGUGUUCAAAAAGUGUUAUGACAUAUAAGUAUCUGUAUCUGUACAUGAAUACGCGAGUAUGGAUUAUUUGUACUAAUAAGAAUUAUCCAUUAACUUGAAAUUUACGCAUCGAGCCGAUCGUGGUUAUAGUGGGCCUUUACGGACCACGUC